UACAGCUUUCAAUUACCCACGAAGAUUUGUACGUGCUUUCUGCAAAUUCAUUUGUAGUUUCUUAAAAAACAUGUGUGUUCCCCGUUUCUUAAAGCAAUUCUUCUUCUUCUUGUUCUUCCUCUUCGUAUUCUCUAUCAGCGCCCACCUCAUAACCUCCCAUUUCUUAUUCCCUCCCAAAAACCUUCACUCUAAGAAAACUUCCCAACUAAUCCCCACAUCAUGACGUCCCAACCAUACUCUCUUCCUCUUCUUAUAUAAUGCAUUUCCUGUCCUCACUGCCCACCAACCAAGACCUUUUUUCCUUUUCUGCUCGGUUUUAGCUCUCAAAUUUCGUCUCUGUUUGAGGGCAAAAUGAGGUCUUGGAUUCGGGUUCUUGCUCUUCUCACUUUUCUUGCUUUUGCUUGGGCGAUUUCAGCUGAUCACAAUGUGCGCACUGAGAGAAUUUCAGGAAGUGCUGGUGAUGUCUUGGAAGAUAAUCCAGUAGGAAGGUUGAAAGUUUAUGUGUAUGAGCUUCCUAGCAAAUACAACAAGAAGAUCCUUCAGAAGGACCCCAGAUGCCUCACUCAUAUGUUUGCUGCUGAAAUCUUUAUGCAUAGGUUUCUUCUAUCCAGUCCAGUUAGAACUUCAAAUCCCGAGGAAGCAGAUUGGUUUUAUACUCCAAUAUAUACCACUUGUGACCUUACUCCCACUGGAUUGCCAUUGCCCUUCAAAUCUCCACGGAUGAUGAGAAGCGCAAUACAGCUCAUCUCUUCAAAUUGGCCUUAUUGGAAUCGGACAGAAGGAGCAGAUCAUUUCUUUGUUGUACCCCAUGACUUUGGAGCCUGCUUCCAUUAUCAGGAAGAAAAAGCUAUUGAAAGGGGGAUACUUCCAUUACUCCAGCGUGCAACCUUGGUUCAGACAUUUGGACAGAGAAACCAUGUGUGUCUGAAAGAGGGUUCAAUCACUAUUCCUCCAUUUGCUCCACCUCAAAAGAUGCAGGCCCACCUGAUUCCACAGGAAACUCCAAGAUCUAUCUUUGUCUACUUCCGUGGUUUAUUCUAUGAUGUUAAUAAUGAUCCAGAAGGUGGUUACUAUGCCAGGGGUGCAAGAGCGGCUGUCUGGGAGAAUUUUAAGAACAAUCCACUCUUUGACAUCUCUACCGAGCACCCAACUACAUAUUAUGAAGACAUGCAACGGGCCAUAUUCUGUUUGUGCCCUCUGGGAUGGGCCCCAUGGAGUCCUAGGCUAGUUGAAGCAGUUGUAUUUGGUUGCAUCCCUGUUAUUAUAGCUGAUGAUAUUGUUUUACCCUUCGCUGAUGCCAUCCCUUGGGAGGAAAUAGGAGUGUAUGUAGCGGAGGAAGAUGUGCCAAACCUGGAUACCAUCCUCACUUCCAUUCCACCAGAAGUUAUUUUGAGGAAACAGAGAUUGCUUGCAAAUCCUUCGAUGAAACGAGCGAUGAUGUUCCCACAACCUGCACAACCAGGAGACGCUUUCCAUCAGAUACUGAAUGGACUGGCUCGCAAGUUGCCACAUAAAAAGCAUGUCUACUUAAAGCCUGGUGAGAAGAUUUUGAAUUGGACUGCGGGACCAGUGGGUGAUUUAAAACCUUGGUAAUGGAAGCAUUAUCAACAAUGAGGGAGGCAUUAUUUUCGUACUCAGUCUACUUUUUGGCCUAGGUCCCAAGUUACAUGAAAUAGGGAAUUUGUUGGCCCGCAACUGAGUUGUAAAUUUCUUCUCAAUCUUUAUUAAAUUUUAAUAUUUUGUA